AUCCGGAAGAAGAAGAAGAAGACGAAAGGAAAAAGGAUAAAUACCAACACCACCAAUUUGUUUUUCCGAGAAUAUCGGCCAAAUAACAAGUCUUCAGAGGCUGGUAAUGGUAUUUUUUGUUUAUUGGGAAUUAUAAUUAAUAUCAGAAAUCAUAUUUUGUUAAACCACAGUUGACACAUUUUAGGUAGCUAGUUAUAGCUCGGCAAAUAAUUCCUUUAAAAUGAACCGGCAAUUGAAUGGUUUCCAUAACUCGCUCAUUGAAGAUGACUGCUUUUUGUUCACCUCUGAAUCUGUUGGAGAAGGUCAUCCAGAUAAGCUUUGUGACCAGAUCAGCGAUGCUGUGCUUGAUGCGCAUCUCAAGCAGGACCCUGAUGCCAAAGUGGCAUGUGAGACUGUCGCUAAGACUGGGAUGGUUCUGUUGGCAGGGGAGGUCACCUCCAGGGCCAACGUAGAUUACCAGAAGGUCGUCAGGGACACCAUCAAGCAGAUUGGCUAUGAUGACUCAUCCAAGGGCUUUGACUAUAAGACCUGCAACGUCCUUGUGGCCCUGGAGCAGCAAUCCCCUGACAUCGCUCAGGGUGUUCACCUGGACCGCAAAGAGGAGGAUGUGGGGGCUGGAGACCAGGGUCUGAUGUUUGGUUAUGCCACUGAUGAGACUGAGGAGUGUAUGCCCCUCACCAUUGUCCUCGCCCACAAACUCAAUGCCAAGAUGGCUGAAUUGCGCCGCAACGGAACCCUGCCCUGGCUGAGACCAGACUCCAAAACUCAGGUGACUGUUCAGUACAGGCAGGACCGUGGGGCCAUGCUUCCAGUGCGUGUGCACACUGUCGUGGUGUCUGUGCAGCACGACGAGGUAAUUUGCCUGGAUGAGAUGCGAGACGCGCUGAAGGAUCAGGUUGUGAAGGCAGUGGUGCCCACCGUGUACCUGGACGACGACACCAUCUACCACCUGCAGCCCAGUGGCCGCUUCGUCAUCGGAGGUCCUCAGGGUGAUGCUGGCCUGACAGGACGUAAGAUCAUUGUGGACACCUACGGAGGCUGGGGGGCCCAUGGUGGAGGGGCCUUCUCUGGGAAAGACUACACUAAGGUGGACCGCUCUGCUGCCUACGCUGCCCGCUGGGUGGCCAAGUCCCUGGUGAAGGCUGAGCUCUGCAAGCGUGUACUGGUCCAGGUAGCCUAUGCCAUUGGAGUGGCCCAUCCCCUGUCCAUCUCCAUCUUCCACUAUGGGACUUCCCAGAAGAGCGAGAGGGAGCUGCUGGACAUUGUCAAGAAGAACUUUGACCUCCGCCCUGGUGUCAUUGUCAGGGAGCUGGACCUGAAAAAGCCUGUCUACCAGCGGACCGCUGCCUAUGGCCACUUUGGGCGGGAGGCCUUCCCUUGGGAGGUCCCCAAAAAGCUCAAAUACUGAACCCCAACCUUCCCACCCAGAGCUGUAGGUGUACUACAGAAAAACCAACACACUCUGGGAGGGAAGAAUGCCCCCCCCCCCAAACGCUAUCUACUCCCUUAUUGAAAAAUGUUACACCUCUGUCCCCUCUUUACCCACUUGAAACUGCUUGCAUACUCCUUGAAUUCCAUUUCCCUGUCUUUCCCUCGAAAUGUUCUGUAGUGAUUUGACUUCACAGAAAUAUAUUCUCACCCUAGCCUGUCUACCCAUAUCUUAAGCUAAUCCACUCCCUGUACUCCAUGUCAUGUGCCAAGGAGUGGAAUGUUAGCUAAAGACUACCCCUGUGACCAGUGUGGAAAGGUCUUAAAGUUACCACGUCUUCUGAAGGCGCAUGAGCGGUUGCACUCAGGAGAGCGAUCUGAACAGACAAGGAAAUAGUCACACCAGCCGUCGCAGGAGAAAUUCCUCCAAAAUGAGUUGAUUUACUGCACAGUGGCUGCCUUCCAUAGACACCGACUGGAAUGCUAGUUUUAUUAUCCUGACAAAUUAGCUGAAAUACUAUUUCUACUAUUUCCCUUCCCUCCUCUCUGUACCUAACCCCCACCCAAUGUUUCUCCAUUGGGUCAAAUAAUUCAUGGCACAUUUAGGGUUGAAGAUUGCUAGGAGUAAUUGGGCAGUUAGGAUGCAACUCUUGUCCCCCUUAGCUAUUAUAAAAAUUGAGAACUUUUUGCCAUUUUGUUAAACGUGACCAAAAAUGUAACCGGUGAAGAGGAAUAUGAGUGGUAAAAUAUGGUACCUUGUUUGGAAGUGUAAUCCCUUCAGACCAUGUUUUCUGAUGUGUUAGUCAGAAGCUGCUAAUGACCUCUGGCUUGUUGGGAUGAACCUUCCAUGUCUCUAGUUCUCUAUCUCGUUCUUUGUCACUUGAAGAUGUAAUGUGAGGCACUCCCCCUCAGACUGUGGUUACAGAGAAACUCAGCUUGUCACUCCUGAUGAGGGGCUGUCUUUAGAAGUAUUCUACAUAUAAACUUUGGGUUGCGGCCACAAGGUGGUGCUCUAAGCAUUCGCCAGUUUUAUUUACAUUUCAGCGACGAGGGUUUGAGAUGACUGACCUCCCAGAAGUAAAACAAAUGUAAUAUUUUUGUUCCCAUAGGCCCACAGAUGGAAGCAAAAGUCUGGCUGGUGUUGUACAGAGAAACCGGCCUUGUUUACAAUGCUCUCUGGGUCUAUGUGGACUGGGUCUUAUUUUCACUACUUGUCAGUCUGGUUACUGAAGGUGAAAACGUGCCUUUUCUAGUCUUUUCCCACCCUCACCACCCAAACCCUGCCUACUGCUAACCAUCCCCAACCAUUACAUGUGAUAUAGCCUGUCUCUUGACCCCGAAACACCCCUUCCCUUUUCUCAAACGUUCCAUUUCCAAAAGAAACGCUGUCCCACAUGGGAAGUCUGAAUAAAAGUAUAUUCUAGCAUUCUGUAUGUAAGUGUCUUUAAAAAAAUAAAAAUAGUUCUGGUCAACAUGCUA